AUGACAAAAGUAUUCUGGGCGUUGCAGCUAGUCACUGUCUUGGUGCCUGGAGCUGUGUUUCAUCUUUAUGCUGCCUGUAAAAAUAUAGACCAGGAUGAGAUCCUUCAGCGGCCAAUGUCCACAGUCUUCUACAUCAUCUCUGUCCUGUUGAGAAUAAUUCUGGAAGUUUUAGCAUUUUGGCUUCAGAGCCACCUUUUUGGGUUCCUGGUUGAUCCUAUUUAUAUGUGCGAUGUCAGUGCCCUUGCAAAGAUCUUCAACAUCUCGAAGUGUAUGGUCCCUGAACACUUUGAGAAGACUAUCUUCCUCAGUGCAAUGUACACCUUCACCAUCAUCACCAUACUCCUCUGUAUCGCUGAGAUUUUUGAGAUUCUGUUCCGAAGACUUGGUUAUUUAAACCAGCCAGUGACCUGAGAAUUUAGAAAGUGUUUUGAGUGAUACUUUAGCAGUGUUUGUUUUAUGUUUUCUGUGGGUCUCUGAAUCACAGACAGGACAUAAACCUACAUACCUCUGCAUUUUCUGGUGGUAGACACAGAAAUACAUGCUUUUUUAAAACAAGACAGCUUAUUAUUCCUUUUCUGGAAUAAUCAAAACAAAACAAGCCUAAUUAAUGGCAAGGGACUCAUUAAUCUUUUUAGCUUUUUAGAUUUUUUAAGCCUAAAAAAGCACCUCUCUAGCAGGAGAAAUUAUUUCAUUGACUUGUAUGAGCUAACCUAAACCCACAUAAAUAUUUGGUUGAUCAUUAUUAUCUCUGCAAUAUUAUUUUCAGAUUUAGAUUUAUACUUAUAUUGAAAUAUUACACAAAA